AAAUGAUCGCUGCGACAGCGAGUGUGUGACGUUAAACCCUAAAUCUGGUGUCUUUGUGCAAUCGCAAGAUUCAUUCACUCUCUGCGACACUAAAGAUCGAAACUUUUGAAUUGCAGAAAUGGCGACAGCUUUAGCUUCCAAGCUCUCCAAAGGACGUUCAUUGCUUGGAGGUCUUUGCAAUGCUUUCUCUGGUUUGAUGAAUUCCUCCUCCAAUGGAAUGAUGAAUGGAAGCAUCCUCUCUCAGGUCAAGCCUCUUUUCGCAAAUAUACGUCCUUGAUGAAACUUUCUUCAUAUGCAUUCGUGGGGUAUAACCUGUGAAUUGUGUGUCCUGAUGAUUUCCAAUUCACAGCAACAACAUAGGACAUUCAUUCAAAUGGGGACGAUUCUCAAAUGCGUGGAUAACUCGUGUGCUAAAGAGGUGAUGUGCAUUCAAUCCCUGAGAGGUAAGAAAGGAGCAAGACUUGGCGAUAUCAUUGUUGGUUCAGUGAAAGAAGCUAACCCAAUUGUUCAAAAAAAAGUAAAGAAAGACGCUAUCCCAAAAGGUAAAGUGAAGAAAGGGAUGGUCGUGUACGGUGUGGUUGUGCGUGCUGCGAUGCCUAAAGGACGUGCUGAUGGAAGCCAAGUCAAGUUUGAUGACAAUGCCAUUGUAGUUGUUGGCAUUAAGGAAAAGAAAGGGCAGAAUAAUUCACAUGGUUCCAAGAGGAAAAUGGAGUACAACCAACCGACUGGUACCCGAGUGUUUGGUCCUGUCCCGCACGAGAUGCGCCUCAGGAAACAGCUCAAGAUCCUUUCUUUGGCUCAGCACAUUGUUUGAGACAAUACACCACACUAAAACAUCAGUUAUGAUCUCCUUUAUGUGACUCUCUUUGAUCCAUUCAUCACUUGGGUUUCUGUUGAUUCUUCAACUAUCCAACUCAUUAUUUUUGUUAAUUCUAAUGAAUUAUGAAACCUUAACGUACCAAUUAUGAUCUCUUAUUUAGGUUUCUUUUAAUUGUUAAACUCUACUCUCUUAGUAAAAAAAGCAGGGGAAAUAGCUUUAAACAA